CUGGAGCUGCGGGUCUUACCGGGAGAGACGCUGCACGUGGAGCCCGCGCCGCUGCGGUUUUCAGCCGGUUCUGGACUGCGGGAGGGGGCGACGGGGCCGAAUCCGGAGCUGGGUCAGCUUUUGAAAUACUUUAAUCAUGACGAAAAGAGAAGCAGAGGAGCUGAUAGAAAUUGAGAUUGAUGGAACAGAGAAACCAGAGUGCACAGAAGAAAGCAUUGUUGAACAAACCUACACUCCAGCUGAAUGUGUAAGCCAGGCCAUAGACAUCAAUGAGCCAAUAGGCAAUUUAAAGAAACUACUAGAACCAAGACUGCAGUGUUCUUUGGAUGCUCAUGAAAUUUGCCUGCAAGAUAUCCAGCUGGAUCCAGAACGAAGUUUAUUUGACCAAGGAGUAAAGACAGACGGAACUGUACAGCUUAGUGUACAGGUAAUUUCUUACCAAGGAAUUGAACCAAAGCUAAACAUCCUGGAAAUUGUUAAACCUGCGGAAACAGUUGAAGUAGUUAUUGAUCCAGAUGCCCACCAUGCUGAAGCAGAAGCACAUCUUGUUGAAGAAGCUCAAGUGAUAACUCUCGAUGGCACAAAACACAUUACAACCAUUUCAGAUGAAACCUCAGAACAAGUGACGAGAUGGGCUGCUGCUCUGGAAGGUUAUAGGAAAGAGCAAGAACGUCUUGGGAUACCCUAUGAUCCCAUACAGUGGUCCACAGACCAAGUCCUGCAUUGGGUGGUUUGGGUAAUGAAGGAAUUCAGCAUGACCGAUAUAGACCUCACUACGCUGAAUAUUUCCGGAAGAGAACUCUGUAGUCUCAACCAAGAAGAUUUUUUUCAGCGGGUUCCUCGGGGAGAAAUUCUCUGGAGUCAUCUGGAACUUCUUCGAAAAUAUGUAUUGGCAAGCCAAGAACAACAGAUGAACGAGAUAGUUACAAUUGAUCAACCUGUGCAAAUUAUUCCAGCAUCAGUGCAGUCUGCUACACCAACAGCCAUUAAAGCUAUAAAUAGUAGUGCAAAGGCAGCUAAAGUACAAAGAGCUCCAAGGAUUUCAGGAGAAGAUAGAAGUUCACCUGGGAACAGAACAGGAAACAAUGGCCAAAUCCAACUGUGGCAGUUUUUGCUAGAACUUCUUACUGACAAGGAUGCUCGAGACUGCAUUUCUUGGGUUGGCGAUGAAGGAGAAUUUAAGCUAAAUCAGCCUGAACUGGUUGCACAAAAAUGGGGACAACGUAAAAAUAAACCUACAAUGAACUAUGAGAAACUUAGUCGUGCAUUAAGGUAUUAUUAUGAUGGGGACAUGAUUUGUAAAGUUCAAGGCAAGAGAUUUGUAUACAAGUUUGUCUGUGACUUGAAGACUCUUAUUGGAUACAGUGCAGCAGAGUUGAACCGUUUGGUCACAGAAUGUGAACAGAAGAAACUUGCAAAGAUGCAACUCCAUGGAAUUGCCCAGCCAGUCACAGCAGUAGCCCUGGCUACUGCAUCUCUGCAAACAGAAAAGGAUAAUUGAGCCCAGGACCUUUUGGGAGUCCAAGGUCUUUCUUAAAUGUUAGAGCAAGUAUUGCUCUUACCUUUAUUACUGAAUUUGAAUCUUCUUUUAUUUCUAGACUGUACAAUCUGAUGCAUGAUUUUUUUAUAAAUAUUUCAUACUCUUGUGAA